AUGUCGCCUCAUGAUCAACACUGUGUGAAUUGCAUCACAAGUAACUGUAAAUUCGCAGAAUGUGUUAUUCGCAAAUGUAACCACUGCCAUAUUGCCACACAUUUGUGUAAACUUGAGGAGCACAUUGCAGAAGUAUGUCGAAGAGCUCCGUUUAAAUGCCCAAAUGCCGUUUAUGGAUGUCCAUCUGUUUUGAGCCGCGAGAAAGUUGCACUUCAUCUUCGCAAUUGUCCGGCAAAUACUGUCGUAUGCUCAAGAGACAGAUGUCGGAAACUGAACACCAAAGAAUCCAAACUUCAGCUGAAGCACAUGGGACGGAAAAAAGAAUUCUUGAAAAUCGAUGAGGCAGACGAUUUGGAUAUCCAAUUAGCUGCAUUUGAUCAGAAUUUGAUAACAGAUAGUUACAACUCGUCUCGGACAAAGAGAGUCAAACAACGGGACCCAGUUCAUCCGGCACAUCCUUUGAUCCCAUUGAGAUUCAUGCCCUUUGACGCUACAACCACAUUAUUGAAUUCUGAUGAUAGUAGUGAAGACGAGAUGAGAGAAAAGCGAGAAAAGCUGAAAAAGUCUCGAAUGGUUUUUGCAAAUUGUUACAUGUGUCAAAUCGACCCAUCCGUUCAACAUCUUCACACUCUGGGAAAUGGUGCAGAUAUUGAAAAGCUGAAGAAGAGAAGAAUAACUCCACAAGUUUUAGAUAAGUUCCAUGAGAAGAUGAAUCUCAAGGUGAGUAUCGCAGUUGAGAACGCGCCGGAAUCUACUCUCAAAAGUGAGAAUAUUCGAGAAAUCAAAAAAGGCGGAACGCUAUACACAUUGAAAUGUCUCAAAACUGUGAAGAGGUCCGAAUAUGGAGCGCAUUGCUUGUCGCAGCACACACAAACCAUUGAUCAAAUGAAUGAAAUCGUCUUACGAUGUCCAAAUUGGACAAAUGGCUGUGAGUUCAACUCAUCACGUGUUCAACCAAAAACUGGAAAACUGAGAUAUCAAAUGUCAAGUUCUACCUUUAGUCAUUUACCGGGAGUUGAAAGUCAAGUGGAAAUCCUACCAGACAAAAUAACUUUUGAAAAUCUUCCACUCUGGGUUUACGAGACUCUAUCUUCAUAUCUUCCAAGCUCUUCGCUCUACAACUUAUCGCUGACCAGCAGGAUACUCAGAGAUAUGGUCUUCAUUGGUUGUAGAUCCAGUUGUUAUGUUGAACCGGUUUGGAAAUCUGAGAAACCGGGAUCAUGGAUUCAAAAAGGUUUUAUCUGGAAAAUAAGCUCCACCGAACAACCACCAUUGUUGGAAUGGAGAGUUCCUUUCGAGCUAUCCAUGCAUAUCUCAAACUGCCCAUUUUUUGAUCCAGUGACUUACGAGAAACCAGCAGUUCCAGUCUUCCCAAACAGUCUGGAAAGUGCGAUUUGGAAUGAAUUCGCCGACAAACUUUCUGAACGAGUGGUUCGAGCCGAAUUAGCAGCGAUGGUAGCAGAUUGA